AUGCAGCUUAUGGGCAGUGAGCUUCCGGACGCACUUCUGGCCUUUAAAGAGAAACUGACGCCGCGCUUCUUUGAGGUCCGGGCUAAGGUGAUUGACUUCGUCCAGGACGUCGUGAAUCCCGCGCUGCCGACGUAUUCACAGCAGAAAAAGGAGUUGCUGAAGACGGUGCCGCACCCAACGCAAUGUCCAGAGCCACCCAUCUUGAACGAGCUGCGUCGCGAGGCUAAAGCACGAGGCUUGCUGAACCUCUUUUUGCCAGAAGUAUCCAAGCUGUCGGUCCUGGAGUACUCUCCGAUCGCCGAGAUCCUCGGUACGAACGGCGUGGCCAACUUGGCUAUGAACUGCUCCGCACCGGACACAGGCAAUAUGGAGGUGCUGGAGAAGUUUGGCACCGAGGAGCAGAAGAAGAUCUGGCUGGAGCCUCUCCUCAAUGGCGAGAUCCGCUCGGCCUUUGCCAUGACCGAGCCGGGCGUGGCUUCCAGCGAUGCCACGAACAUCUGCACCAAGAUCGAAGCCGAUGGGGACCACUAUGUCAUCAACGGCCACAAGUGGUGGAUUUCGGGGGCAAUCCGGCCUGAAUGCAAGGUCUUUGUCGUUCUGGGCCGGACAAGCUUCAGCGGCCCCCUGCACAAGCAGCAGUCCAUGAUACUGGUGCCCAAGGACACGGAGGGCGUGAACAUCGUGCGACCGCUGGCGGUGUUUGGUGAAGAGCACGACCAUGCUGAGAUUGUCUUCGACAACGUGCGCGUCCCCAAGUCCAACAUGCUGCUGGGUGAAGGCCGUGGCUUUGAGAUUGCCCAAAGCCGCCUUGGGCCAGGGCGGAUUCAUCACUGCAUGCGGUCACUUGGUGUCGCGGAGCUGGCGCUGGCCGCCAUGGUGGACCGGGCGCAUCGGCGGAAGGCUUUCGGAAAGCUUCUGGCGCAGAAGGACGCCGUGCGCAUGGCCAUUGCCGAGGCCCGCAUCGAGAUCACCAAGUGCCGACAGCUUUGCUAUCUGGCGGCAGUGGUGGCGGAUGAACAGGGUUUCAAGGCCGCCAAGAGCUACAUUGCCAUGAUCAAGGUGGCUGCCCCUCGGGCGGCCCUGACUGGGCCCAAGGAGCUUUGGGAUAAUGCAAAGGAGUCGAGCACAGUGACACAGAUCUUUCUCUGGUUUUCCAGGUAUACUGGCAUGCGCACGCUCCGGGUCGCUGACGGGCCAGACAUGGUGCACCUGAUCACCAUCGCGAAGGAGGAGCUGUCCAAGCGGGAUGGUUUCGUAGGCCACUAUGUCAGUGGCACCAACCAGAACGUGCAGAAGUAUGGCAAAUUCCAGCACGUGGAGCACGGGGAGCUGUAUUCCGGCAGGAAAGGCGUAGACCCUGCGCAGAGGUCGCAGGGUCCGGUUGCAACGACGCGAGAGCCAGCCCGUGGCUGCUUCAUCGGCGGCACCGCGGCAGGAGAAGGCUCGCAGCCCAGGGAGCGAAGCGGCACCUCGGCUGUUGGGACUCAGGGCUAUGCGGAUGUAGUUGCCUAUGACUGGCUGCACUGUUCCCUUGCAGCGGCUGAGCACAGUUUGCAGCAGGUGCACUCCGCCAACCAGUCCUUCUACUCCUACGGCCCUCCUGGGACGCCCCACAGCGACUUCGUUAGGAUCGUGUCCUCAAAGCUCCCUUACCAUGUUCGGCCGGAUAAGCCGUCUCGGACCCUGAAUGACUGGCUGGCAGCGACAAGCUCUGUGCCGGAGGUGCUCAACCUCAUCGGCACCUACGGCGCAGAGUUUGAUGGCACCAAUACUGCCACUGCCAUGCAUCGUCUGGCCAAGUGGAAUCGCGAGGCACCACAUCACAGGCUCUUCGAGGACAGCCGGUGGCAGGAGGUCCUCACCCAUCUGGAUCGGAACAUGCAGGCACCGAACUUCCAGAGCCGACACUUGACGGGUGCCCUCUGGUCCUUUGCUACACUGGGCCGGCGUGCACGGGGCCCGCACCUGGACAAGGUCAUGGAGCAGGUCUCCGAGCGACUGCAAGAGUUCACAUGCGUGGACUUGGCGCUGACUGCCUGGUCCAUGGCGACGAUGAAGCUGGAACCUCCAGGUCUCUAUGAUCGCAUCAGCAAGUGCUCGCUGGCCUGCAUUGGCGAGUUUCAACCACAGGCGCUGGCGAACAUCAUGUGGGCGACUGCCACUCUGAAAAAAGAGAACGACGCGCUCAUUCGGCACUCAGCGUACGUGGCCGUCAAGCACCUGGAUGCGGGCAUGGAUUUCCGGCCUCACGAAUACUCCACCAUGGUGUGGUCCAUGGUGAUUACACAAGCUCGAGAAGAAUGCCUGUUCAGCCGUGUCUCAGGCCAUGUUGUCCGGCGCGUGACCGAGUUCGGGCCACAGGAGCUGACAAACACGGCGUGGGCGUUUGCCUCCCUGGGGUUCAAGACCGAGGGGCUUUUCGAGGCAUUGGGGAAGGAAUGCAGCUUCAAGCUCCGCCACUUCAAUAUGCAGAACUUGACAAAUGUUGCCUGGUCUUACUCACACCUGAGAGUGGGCGACGACUUAUUGUCAGAAGUGGCUGAAGUGGCACAUUCUCGGAUCCACGAAAUGAAUGUGCAGGAUCUGGCACAACUUGCCCUGACGCUGGUCUUCAGCCGUCGUGCCAACUUCGGCUUGAAGGAGGACUUGGAGGAUGACGGCGUGCUUGGCAGUCGCGACGUGACACUGGCCCUGGUUCUGGAGGUGACCAAGGCCAUGGUGCGGAAGAUCCGCCAGCCCGGUGCGACGACGCCGGACGACGCUUGGAUCGUCCAUGACCUCGUGCUUGUGUGGUUCGAGGAGAGCAAGGCAUCGGAGCUACUGGGCGAUGCUUGGAAGAUGCUGGAUGCGUAUAUGGACGGUUUAUACCAUCAAGUUCUUGACUUCCUGCGCAACACGCCCCUCCUUGCCCGCGCCCUGGCCUGCGGCUCUGUGGUGCAGUCCGCGCACGUUCCGAUCUACGAGCAGUCUUUCAGAGAACUGGACAUCAGGUCUCUUGGGAUCAAGUACACCGGCGUGCUCCUGGCUGAACUUGGUCUGACUGACAGGGGCGACGAUGGUCUGAGCGAGUCCGCUCGGCGCAUGCUGGCAGAGGAGAAGGCCGAACUUCUGCGUCAGGACCCAGGGGCCGGAAGCCAGAACUGGUGCCUCUUUCGCUAUGAUCUAAGCUCAGAGCUGCGCGAGGCCAAGGAGCUGGCCGGGAUCCGCGUCAGGAGUUGUGGUGGAGAUCCGCUGGCUCUGGAGUUGCUCGACCCUCCUCGAGAGGCCCAUCUUGUUGCAGUGCGUCUCAGCAACGAUCGCCUGAACCAUCGCCGACGCGAUGCUGAGUUUCGAGCGAUCGCCCACACCGCCGGGAUCCUACGCGCGCUGAUCCCCAAUGCCGACCAGCUCAUGCAGGACCGCAUCGUGUGGGGAAACCGCCUGAGAGGUUGGGUCCACCUGUAUGUGACGGAAGUUCCUUGCCUGUCCUGCCUCGGGGCCAUGGUUCAGUUCGCCCGCCGCUUCCCCCGCGUUCAGCUUCGUGUCGCCUACCCGGGCAGUGAUCUCUAUCCUCCUCGAAGAUGA